AUGAGCAGUUUGAGUGCCACACCACAGGGGCCUGUCCCUUCAGAGUAUGUGGCAGUUGGAAACCUUCGGGUGAAUCCCACCCUUCACCAUACCGUUGAGAAGACGGUUUGCCCAGGCACUGGCUUCAGCACCAACUACUUUUGGUCGUGCUUGGACCAGGUGGUCACGGAACUGCGUCCCGAGCUCGAACGGUGCCUGGCCAAGCGUGAUGAGCUUCAAUCCAGGAUUGACGGCUGGUAUGAGGAAGGCAAGAAACGGGGGGCCGACCUGUCACAGCCUGAGUUCAGGCCGGCCUGCCGUGAAUUCCUGAAGGAGAUCGGCUACCUUUGUGAGGACAAAGGGCCGGUGAAUGUGACAACUCAGUUUGUGGAUGAUGAGAUCGCAAGGGUCCCUGCACCCCAACUGGUGGUGCCUUCAGACAACGCUCGCUAUGUGCUGAACGCUGUGAAUGCCCGUUGGGGAUCCUUGUAUGAUGCACUCUAUGGCUUUGAUGUGAUCCCAGCCUACGCUGUGACAAGCAGUGGAGUUGAAGUCAAUGCCUCGAAGGGGGGAGGAUACAAUCCCAUGCGAGGUGAAGCUGUGAUUGACUUCGCCAAUGGCUUCUUGGAUGAGAUCGCACCUUUGACCGGAGGCAAGUGGUCUCAGGUGUGUCGAGUAUGGCCCAAAUAUGUCGGCACCGUCCAGAGACUGCAACUCUUGCUGGAGGAUGGGUCGACAACCAGCCUGAGGACUCCCUCCCUCUUUGUUGGUUCCCAGGGAAAUCUAGGACCACCAGAUGCAGGACCCAACACCAAGAAGAUUAGCACAUCUACUAGCCCCUGUGUGCCAGAUCAAGGCCGAAUCUUUCUGAAGCACAACGGCCUCUAUUUGAUCUUGGAGAUUGACAGGAGUCAUCCCAUUGGCAAGGCCGCCUUGAGCGGUAUCAAGGACAUUACAGCAGAGAGCGCCCUGACGGCCAUUUUGGACAUGGAGGAUUCGGUGUCUGCAGUGGAUGCCGAAGACAAGUGCAGGAUCUAUAGCAACAUCUGUGGCAUCUUUAGUGGCACCUUGGAAGCCCCUUUCCUGAAAGAUGGCAAGGCCAUGACCCGAAGGAUGCGCCAUGACGUUUGGUAUCGUGAUGAUAAGGGCAACACCUGCACAAUUCCUGGUCGAGCUUUGGCCCUGGUGCGAAACGUUGGACAUCACAUGUUCACAGAUAUGGUCCUGACAGCUGAUGGAAAGCAGGUGCCUGAGGGCUUUGUGGACUGCUUGGUCACUACGGCAGCAGCUCUACAAGAUCUCCGAGGCACAGGUCGAUUGAUGAAUUCCCGCGAGGGAUCGGUGUACAUUGUGAAACCCAAACAGCACGGACCUGACGAGGUUGCUUUGACCAGCCGACUCUUUGGCCGAGCAGAGGAGUUCUUUGGACUUCGACGCAAUACCAUCAAGAUGGGCAUCAUGGAUGAAGAACGUCGCACUUCGGCCAACCUUCGAGAAUGCCUACGUCAAGCAUCAGAACGAGUGUUCUUCAUCAACACUGGCUUCCUUGAUCGUACCGGAGACGAGAUCCACACGUGCAUGCUUGCUGGCCCGGUGGUCAAAAAGGCUGACAUGAAGAAGCAGAACUGGAUUCAGUCCUAUGAGGCGGGAAAUGUGGACGUUGGAUUGCAUUGUGGACUGCAAGGAAAGGCCCAGAUUGGAAAGGGCAUGUGGGCCAAGCCUGACAGUAUGAAGGACAUGCUGGACGGCAAGAUCUCCGAGCUCAUGGCCGGAGCCAGUACGGCCUGGGUACCCUCACCUGCAGCGGCCACGUUACACAGCUUGCACUACCACCAUGUGAACGUCCCCGAGCGUCAAAUGCAGCUGGCCAUGCGGCCCGCGGCCAAGAUCGAGCUGCUGUUGGAACCUCCGUUGCUGGCUCAGAAGCUGACAGAUGAAGAGAUCGGCCAUGAAUUGAAAGAGAAUGCUCAAAGUAUCCUGGGCUACGUGGUGCGAUGGAUCGAUCUCGGCAUUGGUUGCUCCAAGGUCCCAGAUCUCAGCAAUGUUGGUCUGAUGGAAGAUCGAGCGACCCUGCGCAUCUCCUCGCAGCUCAUGGCGAAUUGGCUCCACCACGGAGUUGUGUCAGAGAUGCAGGUCAGGGAGACCUUCCACGAGAUGGCCAAAUUGGUGGACCAGCAGAAUGCGCGUGAGCCAAACUACAUCCCAAUGUCGACGAACCCGGAGCAGUCCCCUGCUUUCCAGGCGGCCUUGAAACUGGUCCUGGAAGGCAAAAAGGCGCCCAAUGGCUACACAGAGUACACCUUGCAUGAAUUCCGCAAGAAGAUCAAGGGUGACGUUACCCUGAUGGCAAAGAUGUGA